AUAGUAUCUAUGUCCGUGCAAUCAGUGUAAACAAUAAAAAUUGUUUUUUGUAAAUUAAGGUUUCUGAAUUUCUAAACAGUGCAAUGUAUCACAAAAUAGAAUAAAAUCGAAUAUUUAUUCCAACGUAAACAACACAAUAAUAACAAAUCCAAUUUUGCAUGUAACGAAGAAAAGACAAAAACAGGUAAAUAAUAACAAUAACUAUCCAUGCAGUGCAUUGUAUUUGAUGUUAACAAAUAUUUUAUGAGCAUUUUAUUGCAGUCUUAUACAUAUGUUAAAUUUCUUUUCGUAUUUUAUUCAUAGUAGGUUAUUCACAAUUUUAAGAGGUUUUAUUAUUAAUCCGCAGAAGUGCCACAAGAAUGCCUGAAAAUUACGGGUGUGUUCAUUGUGAAAAAACAUUUACAAACCGUAGACAUUAUGAGCUGCAUGUCAAUGGUCAUCUUCGAAACAGCUGUCGUGUGUGUAGUUUGCCUUGCAAUAGCCGUAAGACACUAGUUGCUCAUAUGUCUGCAGUUCAUGGAUCUAAGUUGGAAUCAGACUUGUUAGACUGUAAAUACUGUACAAAAACAUUUGUUCAAAAACGUUCGUUGUAUUCACAUUACAAGACCAUUCACAAAGAUUUGGGUACUAUUUGUCUUGAUUGCGGACAGCCUUUCGACAGUAAACAAGAUCUGGUAAACCAUAUAAAAACCGUUAAACAUGGCGAAGGCUUUGUGUGCCAUAAGUGCGGUGAAGUAUUCACGCGAAAUCAACAGUAUAAAUUACACUUACAAGUUAGUUUGGUUUUUGGAUAUAUUACACUUUAAAUCAGAAUAAUUAAUAUUUUACUAUUUCUGCUUACAGAGGCACGAUGCAUACAGUUGUUUCAAUUGCAAUGCACAAUUUGCAAAUUCCAAAAAAAUGAACAAACAUAUAAAACAAUGUGUUUCAAUGCUGUCGAUUGAUAAUUUAUUGAAAAACAAAGAGACAACUACAACUGGUACAAUAUUGUUUUAAAUUUCUUAAGAGUAUUACUAUUGCUUAUGUAAUAGACAUAUCACCUAUGGUAUAGGAAUAUUUGGCUACCAAUCGUAAGAUGUAGCUGCUAUGAAGUACUAGAGUAUGUUUAUAUGAAAAUUAAUGAAAAUUACUCUAAUGGUCCUUAGUUAUAUAAGCAAUUUUUAGAUUCUGAGUGGACUUUUGUUGUUAUGAUGAUGUUUAUUUUUGUUUUUAUGUAAAUAUUUUUUCUACUAGAAAGCACUCGCCGAUUAUCAAGUAUAGCACCUUUUCUGAAAGGAAAUGUUUUCUGAGUGGUACUUUAGAGAGGUCAUUUUUUUAAAUUCCUAUUAAUAUACGAGAUAAUGAGGAAAACUUGGUUUUUUGGGUUAAACAAAAAUGAAAGAUUAAAAAUAUGGUUGUUAUUGACAACCGUUUUUUAUUUAUUUUGGGGUACAUAUUAUAAAAUUUUUAUAAUUUUAAAUAUUUUUUAAGCAAUCAUUGUUGUUAUAAAAAUGAACAUAGUUCUAAUCAUUUUACCAUAAUAUAACAUAAUAUAUUUUAUUUACAAGCAACAUUAUCAACUGAACUCUGUUUAGAAUCAUUUUUUCAUUAUAAAUGGUUUAUCAUUGCUUAUAGAUAUACAAUAAAUUCCCGUCUGUAUCUUAUCUUCCGACUUCCCACCUACAACAGUGGAUGCACCUAUGUUCGAAGUAUGUCCAUCCUACCAGAAAAAUUCUACCAGAAAUCUUGCUUUGAUAUAUACAUGUGGUAUCAUUUCUGAAAGGGAAUGUUAUCCAGAUAGAACUUUUGGGAUGUCAUUUUUUUAUUAUCUAAUCAGUUUUCAUAAUAUCUGGGAAAAACCCAGGAUAAAAUGUAAGAACAAAGGGAAAAGUACGAAAAUAAUGCUUUUGUUAUUUUUGAAUUUUGUCAUUUGUUUUAAUUCAGUUAAAAAUAUUUGUAGAAACUUAAAAUUCGGACAGAAAAAUUAUAUUUGACUUUUCUAGUCGUGGUAAAAUUUUCAAAAUAUUUAAAUUAUUUUUGGGCUAUAUAUAGACAUUUUAUUUUUGUGAGUUUUGUACACAAUUUUUAUUCGGAAGGUACUCUGUGGUAAAAUUGUUAAAACAGAAAUGCUUGAAAAUUUAACAGGAGGUUUAUUGAGUCUUAUAUCAAAUUUUAACGAAAAUUAUUUGAGUAAAAUUUAUUAAUUUUUGAAGACAUGUAUAUUGCCGAAUUAAUAAUGAUAGUGAAGUCAGAAUUGAGUAGACUGACUAAGUUUUGAAGUUGUAGCUUUUUGAAGUUCUGAUAUUAUGUGGAUAUCAUAUGUUAUGUUAAAUAACUCUAUUUUAUAUUCUUCUUUAAAGUAUGUUUGUCGUAGUCUAAUGGUUGUACAUAUGUAUUGUAAUCUAAGGCACUUUUAGCGCACCGCGAGUUCAAACCCGUGUUUCCAAAAAAAAUGUUUGCAUUUAUUUUUCCCUUUUACCUAACGAAUGUCUUUAUUUGAAAAUAUACAAUCUGUGAGUGGUAUUUUACAAUAAACAUAUAUAUUUAGAUAAUAUAUUCUGUACAUGGAUGUCUUGAUUUAAGGAACUACCCAGUAUACUAACUACUAACAAUUACUACAAUACACACACCUACAUACAUAUAUGUAUAAUUUAUAUGUAUAUAUAUAUUAGGUUUCAAUAAAUAUUUAAAGAGCUAUAAUCAGAAAUUUGAUUAUUAAAGUAUGAUAAUAUAUUUGAAAAUAUAUACAUUUUAAAAGUUUUUCAAGUAUAACAUUUUUUAAUAAUGUGUGUAUAUAAUAUUAAAAAUAUUAAAUAUUUAUACAUCUAAUAGUUAUAAUAUUAUACAAAUAUUAAUCAAUAUGUUAUUUUAUAAUCUGUAGUUUGUAUUUAAGAGUUUUGUGAUUUUUUUAAAGUAGCAAACUUGGUAAUUCUAAAUUGUAUACAAUUUAUUAGAAAUAAUAAUAAUAAAAAAAAAAUUAUUUUUAAGAAAUAUUUUUAACAGAAAAAAAUUUAAUUUAACUAAUUUUGAUAAAAUUUAAAUAAUUUACUUAAAAUUGUGGCACAUACAAUAUAUUCAUCAGGGAAAAAAUAUAAAAUAUUUUUUUUUUUCUCUUAAUUUAAAGUAAUAUUGUGUAUGUGUAAUAAUUUUAUAAAUGUAUUGUAACAAUAAUGUUACUUAAUUUGUUUUGUUUACUUUUAGGUGAAGUUUAUGAAUGCAUCAAGUGCAAAAAGACAUUCGAGAAGAAAAAAUAUUACAAACGUCAUAUGAAAACAUCUGCCCACCUAGCCAAUCAAAUCGAUAAUCCAUUUUAUUGUGCCCACUGUCCUAAAGUAUUCUAUUAUAAAUUUAAUUUAUCCUCUCACAUGAAACAAGUACAUUUUAAACAACACAAUAAUUAUAUUUGUAACUUGUGUGGUCGGAGCUUUCAGUACAGAAAUAAUUGUAAAAGACAUGAAGAUUCACAUAUGCAAGUUAGGAACUUUGUAUGCGAAUAUUGUGGUGCCUGUUUUUAUCGCAAACACGCUUUACUCGAUCAUCAAAUUGCUAUUCAUAAUGAUGAAAAGAAUUAUGUGUGCAAUGAAUGCGGUAAUAAUUUUAAAUUAAAAUCUAUAUUAAUAAGGCACAUGAAAAAUCAUUCUGAAAGUAAAACAUAUGUAUGCCAUUGUAAACGUUUAUUUAAAUUUGCGUUUAAUUUACGCCGUCAUCAAUUCAACAUUCACAAUCAAGUUUACAAUAAUUCGUCUAAGAUUAAGCAUUUUGUUGAGGACAAUAGUCGUUCAUCUCCAAUAACAGUUAUGAAUGAAGAAAAGAAAAUAGGAAGAUUGAAGCAAAAUAAUAUCAAUUCCCUCUGUCUAGAAGACAGCGUAUCAUAUUCUAUGAUGUCGUAUCCUGAUAACUUAGAUCUGAGCAGCGUCGAUAUUGCAGAGAGUGUCCUUCAAGUAGCGUCUACAUCAAACUACAAAAUAGAAUGUGAAGAAAACUCAUGUUUCCCUGGAAUUCAUCCUCCAAUUGAAACUUCUCUUGUGUGUAGCUUAAAUGACAGUGAAGACUUGUCACCUAAUUCUUCACAGCAAUAUUUAUCAGAUUAUGUCGUACCUCAUCAGUUUCCUUUUCUUAAUAUUUAAAGUAUUAUUAUUAUAAUAUACAGGUACCACCAAUACAGGUGGAGCUCCUUUACUAAUAUUUAUUUUUUUCGUUAUACUUACUAAUUAGUCUGAUGAAGAGUUUUAUAUUUUAGAUUAUUGGAAAAGUGUUUUAUUUCUAGAAACUAAUAAUUUUUUCUUCAAUAUUAAUAAAUGAGAUUUGGAUGGAGUGUAACAUUAUAUAAAUGUAAAACCAGUAAAUUACACUCAAUCGAGAGCAAAAGGUUUGUACAAUUUUUCAUCAGAUUAAUUAGCAAGAGAACAACAAAAAAAGAAAUAUUAGUAGAGGCCUCCUUAGAUCCCCCAAUUAUUAUGUAUUAGAAAGAAAUUAUUAUGUAAUAAAUGAUUAAUUUCUUAAAAUAUUAAAAAUAAAAGAAUAGUUCAAAAUGUUACAGUACAAUUU